AUGAAGUUGACCACGUACACGGCGGCGACCAUUCUGGCCUAUGCCUUGGCUCAAGCCGGCGCCCUCCCUUCUCCCCAAGAUGCCGGCGCAGUCGCGUCCGAUACUCCUGCUGCUCCCGUAGAGGAGCCCAUGUACUACGCCGAGGAGGUCGACGAAGCCAACGUUGAGAAACGCGACGGCCCCGUCCAGCACAAGGACUGGCAGGGCGACGGGAAAGCCCGGUUCUUCGGCGGCCACAACUGGAAGGGCAUGAACCAAGGCAAUCACGGUCCCAUGCCUGAUGACGACAACAUCGACCCGGCUCCCUACCUUGACCACCCGGAGCCGACAGUUGCGGCCAUGGCCAGCAUCGUCCGCCGGGCCCCCGAACCUGGGUUCACCAAGAUUAAUGGCAUUACAUACAUUCAAGCACCCAAGUUUCACUGGUGGGAGUAUCAGAGCAAUGGCGACGGCUUGAACCCUGUUGUUGGAGGAAACCCCAAUGUUCGCAGUUACAAAAACGUGAAGGAACAGGAUGGCUAUCCAAAGGGGCUCAGGAGGCGAGACGGCGACGAUGGUCAUCACGGCCCUCCUGGUGGCUUCGGUAAGGCCAUGGGCGGUCAAGGCCAGGGUAGGCACGGCGACCAUCCAGCCCAGGGCAAGGGUGACGGGCCAGGGCAGCAUCCUGGCGGUCCUCCCGGCGGCAUGGGUGGUGGCAGCGAGCACGGACCGGGUGGACAGCCGUGGAAGAACCACGGCGGUCAAGGAGGUCGUGGCCGCGGUCCGAUGGCUGAUGAGGAGUAA